AUGGCAGAAUUCACGGGUUACAAGGAAACCUCGAAUCGGCACCUGCGAUUCAAACUGCAGAGUCUUAGUCGCCGCCUCGAUGAACUGGAGGAAGCAACCAAAAAUCUGCAGAAAGCAGAGGAUGAGCUGCUUGACCUCCAGGACAAAGUUAUCCAGGCAGAAGGCAGCAACUCCAGCAUGCUGGCUGAUGUGGAAGCCUUGCGGAAAAGAGUGCUGAAGAUUGAAGGUAAGGAUGAAGAAAUUAGGAAGGCUGAAGAGCUUUGCCGGUUAAUGAAAGAAAAACUUGAGGAGGAAGAGAGCCUCACCCGAGAGUUGAAGUCAGAAAUCGAGCACCUGCAGAGGAGAAUGGCAGAGCUGGAGAAGCUGGAGGAGGCCUUUGGCAGGAGCAAGAAUGACUGUACACAGCUGUGUCUUAGCCUCAAUGAGGAAAAGAACUUGACCAAAAAGAUAUCAACGGAACUAGAAGUGCUUCGAGUAAAAGUGAAAGAACUGGAAGCAUCUGAGGACAGGCUGGAUAAGACCGAGCAGAGUUUAACGGGCGAGUUAGAAAAACUGAAAUCCUUGGCGCUGAGCUUUAUCACGGAGAGAAAACACUUCAAUGAAAGAGAAAAGCAGAAUGAAAAAAUCAUCCAGGAGCUAACACAGAAACUAGAACAAAACAAUAAACUAAAUAGGGCAGAUCAAACUAGGAAUGCAUCCAACUUGCUAGAAAGGUCAUCAAAUAAUCUUCUAGACAGAAAUGAUUUGAGAAUUGAAGAUGACUUGACUUCUGCGUUGCCCUCUAAGGAGACCAGGAGGAAGGGAAGUGUGGAUUACCUGAAACAUGUAGAAAAUGAAACCAGGAAUAAGUCGGAAAACCAAAAGAAUAAAAAUCAGGAAGACAACAAAGUGAAAGAUCUCACCCAAGAAAUCGAGAAACUUAAAACUCAGAUAAAACGAUUUGAAUCUUUAGAAGAGGAACUUAAAAAAAUGAGAGCCAAAAAUAAUGACCUCCAGGACAGUUACUUGAGUGAACAGAAUAAAAACAAACUCUUAGCGGGUCAGCUGGAAGAAAUAAAAAUGCAAAUAAAGAAACAGAAGGACCUGGAGAAUGGAGAGGUUGAAAAUGAAGAGACAAGCUUUGCUAGCAGGGGGAAACAUGACAGACCUAAAUACAGGGGUGUCAUAGCUGACUUGACAGCCGCCAAGCACAAGCCGAGGGAGCUCUCACCGCAGCAGCGCCGGGAAAGAGCAAGGAACAGAGAUUUCUCUGUCAGCAACGACAGCUAUAGCCACGGUGGUAAGCAGGUGCCCAGUCCAAGCUUAACAAACAGGAAAGCAGGAAAAGCAUCAGGUGCAUCUCUCCUUUCAGACGCUGCCAUGACAGAUACAAAAAGACUGGAAGAGAAAUCUUCAGUUUCCACUUUUUCUUCUGUUCAGAGGGAAGGCUGCGUCCCCCAGAACGAGGGGAAGAGAUCAAAAGAGCAGCCGUCUGUCCUGAGCCGAUAUCCCCCUGCUGCACAGGAGCAGAAAUCUUGGAAAGCACCUUCCAAGCCUGUUGGUGACACAGGCCUGAGAUCCAAAGCUGAGAAGCCAUCUCAGGUGCUCCGUGGCAACGGAGCUGACGCACGGGAUGAGAAGUCAAACAAAGGAGAAUCAGUGGCUGCUUUGGCCGAGAAGCUGAAAACAAGUCAGGCAGAAGUCAGUGACUGCUCGGGGGACACACUGCUCACCAGGGGUAACCACACUUCUUCCAAUGGCACAGCUUCAGCAUACAAGUACCAGCUCUCCUCCCAUGUGUCAGCAUCUGACUCUAAAGUAGAAGCAGUGAACGCUUCUGCUGCAUCACACAGACAGCCUUCGGAGGGGAGGGCUAAAAGAGCCAUCAUCUCCCAGGAAAGAGACUUUGCAGACACAUCACUGGAAUGUGCGAAGCCUUCAACGCUAACAAAGCGUUCCCAUCACUCCAGGAGUCAGGAGGACAUGCUGCAGGUUGUCACGGCUCUCGACAAAGAGGACACGGAGCAGUCUUCGACUUCAGUGACGGAUCGUGUAAAUGCUGGUUUAAAAAUGGACUCCAAAACCAUCCAGAGUAACCAAGAAAAGCUUAAUUCAGAUGAAGAAUCAGGGAGAAGCAAGAAACCAACCACUCAAUCAGAUUUUGAAACAAGAAGGAAAGUAAGUUCCAAGCAGUUCUCCAAUUCCAGGGGAGUUUUUAGAGCAUCGCUUUUUGAAAACGACAAACCCACUGUAAAUGAUGAAGACCCCACUAAGUGCAUAAAACCAUCCGAUGCCAGCACGGGAGGACUGAAAUCCAGAAGGUCGUUCAGCCCAAGAGAAGCUCUGAGAUCAAAAGCUGUCAUUAAACCUGCAAUUGUUGAAAAGGAUAUGAAGGCAGUCAUGGGAGGAACUGUUCCUGAGGCUGAGUCAGAAAAGCAAAAGUCCGUUUUUAAAACAGUAACUAAUAAAAUGACAAGCAGCAUCACAAUCUUCCCCUCUGAGCCAACAGCUCCAAGAACCAGUGCAGAUUCAGCAGCAAAGGAAAGACAUGUUACCACCAGCAACAUCAGAGUUGCUCCAAAUGAACCGUCAGCAGUAACAAACAAUCUCCCCACGCCAGUCGAGAUAUCAAUUAGUAAAAGUGCUCUGAAAUCAUCUGAGACAGACAGAACUGGAGAGACAGCGCCGAGAAGUAAAGCAGAAACAGUGGUCUCCAGAAGCAGCAUUGUGAUAAAGACUUCUGAGCUCACCGAGAAGAACAGUGAGCCACCUUCAGAGACAAUCAGCUGGAAGAGCCACGGCUCUUCAGAUGCAGUUUCAUGCGAAACAAAACAUGUCACUGUGAGAAGUUCCUGGAGGACAAGACAAGGCUUACAUUCCCUGGAGAGAAGUGCAGCUUCCAGCACUACAAACAGGUGUAUGUCCUCAGUGGACCUCUCGGAAACGGAAGGAAACAAUGCAAGAACAAACUCCCUGGAGCAGACCUCAGCAAGGACCAGUGUCACGGCUGACUCCUGGAGCACCCCUGAACUGGGAUCCCGAAGGACCAAAAGUAACCUAAGUGCAUCUGAGCUGCUAACACGCAGGAGCUGUGCAAGUGAUCCUCCAGCAGCUUCUGCUUGGCACCGGACCACCCUACCUGAUGAAAGCAAAGAUUUUGUGCCCAGUUCCAGAAGAAAACAAUACGGCUCCUCUGAGUAUCUCUCACAGGUUGACACAGCAGGGAAGAGGCCAGCCACCAAGAUGGAGCUGCAGGACCCUGAAUCCAGCCCCCCUGCACCACUGAGCCUCCAGGGAGAGGAGCAGGGUGCUUCCCGUGCCUGCCGGACAACAUCCCGGAGAUGA